AGUCCCGCCCCUGUUCGGGUCCUCGCUCCGGCUCCAGCCCCACUUCCAGUUGCAGCCCCAUCCCUAGCUCCAGCUCGCGCUCCGCUCCUGAGCUCGGACGUCUCCACGCGUCCCACUGCGGCUCCCGGAGCGUGGCUCUCUGUUGCCUGCGCUCGUGCCCGGGAUCAUCCAGAGCCCUGCACUCUGGAGCGCCCGGCCGCGAGCCUCUACUCGGGAUCCUUGAGAUCGUGGGCAGCGGCUGCUGCGCCGGUCCCCCUGCCGGAGGUUGAUGGAGGUAAGAGAGGCAGGUACGGAAUCUGAGCCAGCUGCUUCUCUGCAGACACUUCUCCCCAGGACUGUCCUUGCUGCAUCUGCGCAGUAACUCUGGCUACACAGCAGACCCCUCGAGUAACAGGGGCUCCCCUGAAACAUGGCAGACGAAGACCUCAUCUUCCGCCUGGAAGGCGUUGACCGUGGCAGGUCCUCCCGAGCUGGCCACAAUGGAGAGUCUGACACAGACAGUGACGAUGAUGAGGACUACUUCAUCUGCCCUAUCACUGAUGACCGCAUGUCCAACCAGAAUGUCAGCUCCAAGGCCCAGAACUACAGCAACCGAGUGAAACCAGAGUGUAGCUCCAUAGGGUCUCCGGCCAGUUCCUUCCACUUCAAGGAAGCCUGGAAACACGCGAUUGAGAAAGCCAAGGGUAUGCCUGACCCCUGGGCCGAGUUCCAUCUCGAGGACAUCGCCACGGAACACGCUACCCGGCACAGGUACAACGCUGUCACCGGAGAAUGGCUGCAAGACGAGGUUCUCAUCAAGAUGGCGUCUCAGCCCUUCGGCCGUGGAGCAAUGAGGGAGUGCUUCAGGACGAAGAAACUCUCCAACUUUUUGCACACCCAGCAAUGGAAGGGCGCCUCCAACUACGUGGCCAAACGCUACCUCGAGCCGGUGGACAGGAGCGUGUACUUUGAGGAUGUCCAGCUCCAGAUGGAGGCGAAGCUCUGGGGGGAGGAGUACAAUCGGCACAAGCCCCCCAAGCAGGUGGAUAUCAUGCAGAUGUGCAUCAUUGAGCUAAAGGACAGACAAGGCCAGCCCCUCUUCCACCUGGAGCACUACAUUGAGGGCAAGUACAUCAAGUAUAAUUCCAACUCAGGCUUUGUCCGUGAUGACAACAUCCGACUAACACCACAGGCCUUCAGCCACUUCACAUUCGAGCGUUCUGGUCAUCAGCUGAUUGUGGUGGACAUCCAGGGUGUGGGAGACCUUUACACUGAUCCACAGAUCCACACUGAGAAAGGCACCGACUUUGGAGAUGGCAAUCUCGGUGUCCGGGGAAUGGCUCUCUUUUUCUAUUCUCAUGCCUGCAACCGGAUUUGCAAGAGCAUGGGCCUUGCACCCUUUGACCUCUCACCGCGGGAACAGGCUGUGGUAAAUCAGAGCACCAAGCUGUUGCAAUCAGCCAAGACCAUCCUGAGGGGGACAGAGGAGAAGUGUGGGAGUCCCCGCAUAAGGACAUUCUCUGGCAGCCGGCCUCCCUUGCUCCUUCGCCUUUCAGAGAACUCCGGGGAUGAGAACAUGAGCGAUGUGACUUUUGACUCUCUGCCUUCCUCCCCGUCUUCAGCCACACCACACAGCCAGAAACUGGACCCCCUCCAUUGGCCAGUGUUUGGUGAUCUUGAUAACAUGGGCCCGAGAGACCAUGACCACAUGGACAAUCACCGGGACUCCGAGAACAGUGGGGACAGCGGAUACCCAAGUGAGAAGCGAAGUGAUCUGGAUGAUCCUGAGCCCCGAGAACACGGCCACUCCAAUGGCAACCGCAUGCCUGAAUCUGAUGAGGACAGCCUGGGCAGCUAUGGACGGGUCUCUGUGGAGACGUGGAACCAGUUCAAUUCCUCCCGCCUGCACCUGCCUAGGCCCUCGGCUGUGGCCCUCGAAGUGCAAAGGCUAAACGCUCUGGACCUCGAAAGGAAAAUCGGGAAGUCUGUUUUGGGGAAGGUCCAUCUGGCCAUGGUGCGAUACCACGAGGGUGGGCGGUUCUGUGAGAAGGAUGAGGAAUGGGACCGAGAGUCAGCCAUCUUCCACCUGGAGCACGCAGCUGACCUGGGAGAAUUGGAGGCCAUCGUGGGCCUGGGACUUAUGUACUCUCAGCUGCCCCACCACAUCCUGGCUGAUGUCUCCCUGAAGGACACAGAGGAGAACAAGACAAAAGGCUUUGAUUACUUACUGAAGGCAGCAGAAGCUGGUGACAGGCAGUCCAUGAUCCUAGUGGCCCGAGCUUUUGACACCGGCCUGAACCUCAGCCCAGACAGGCACCAAGACUGGUCAGAGGCUCUGCACUGGUACAACACGGCCCUGGAGACAACCGACUGUGACGAGGGUGGGGAGUACGACGGAGUACAGGACGAGCCCCAGUAUGCGCUGCUGGCCAGACAGGCUGAGAUGCUGCUCACCGGAGGGUUCGGACUGGACAAGAACCCCCAAAGAUCAGGAGACUUGUACACCCAAGCAGCCGAAGCUGCGAUGGAAGCCAUGAAGGGCCGACUAGCCAACCAGUACUAUGAAAAGGCAGAAGAGGCCUGGGCCCAGAUGGAGGAAUAACUGUCCCAUAAGAUCACUGCCGGCUGGUCCCAAGCAAAAGGGCUGGGGAUGGAGAGAAAGGGCGGAUUUCUUUUGGAAGGGGAAAAGUAGUUUUAAUUAUGCUAUAAAUUCACUUUUGUAUUUGA